AUGUCCACCCAGGAUGUCUGUAAUGGAUUUGAAGGACAUUGUAAAAUUCAGUUAAUUUCAUCUAUCUAUUUCACUAGAUCCGUCGAUAAAGACGGAUUCCGUGCUCAACCCAGAGGAUUCGCCACAAAAGCCAUACACGUGGGUCAGGAUCCAGAACAGUGGAGUUGCAUGGCAGUUGUCCCACCAAUUUUGAUGAGUUCAACCUACAAACAGCAUGCUCCUGAUGAACACAAUGGAUUUAAAUACGGCCGCCUCCGUAAUCCUACCCGGGAUGUCCUGGAGCGCUGCCUGGCAUCGUUGGACAACGCCAAGUUCGGGCUGACAUUUUCGACCGGUCUUGGAGCGGUAACCGCACUCAUUACGAUGCUCGAGUCCGGUGACCACAUUGUCGCUGAGCGUGACCUGUACGGUGGUAGUUGCACAUCGUUUACGAAGAUAGCGUCGAAGAUGAACAUUUCGGUUGACUUUGUGGAUUUCACCGAUUUGGCGAAGGUUGAGGAAAUUGUCAAGCCGAAUACUAAGCUGUUUUGGGUGGAAUCCCCAACGAAUCCAUUGCUGAAGGUGGUCGAUAUUGAAGCUGUGUGUAAGAUUGCUCACAAGUUUCCAGAGGUUGUAGUGGUUGUGGACAACACCUUCCUAUCGCCGUACUUCCAGAGACCGCUCGAACUGGGAGCGGACAUCGUGAUGUACUCCCUGAGCAAGUACAUGAAUGGUCAUUCCGACGUGGUCAUGGGAGCAGCAAUCAUGAACGACGAAACUCUGUACCAGAAGCUGCAGUUUCUUCAGAACGCUACCGGAAUCGUGCCAUCGCCGUUCGACUGCUACUUGGUGAAUCGUGGCCUGAAGACCCUAGCCUUGCGUAUGGAACGUCACAGGACCAACGCGUUGGCCGUUGCCAAGUUUCUCGAGGGUCAUCCGAAAGUGGACCGUGUUCUUCACCCCGGACUGCCGUCUCAUCCUCAGCACGCGCUGUCCAAGAAGCAAACCUAUGGUCACAGUGGAAUGGUCGCCGUAUUUCUUAAGGGAGGUAUGGACGAGGCCAGCGUGUUUCUUCGGUCGUUGCGGGUUUUCACGCUAGCCGAGAGCUUGGGUGGUGUUGAGAGUCUCGCCGGGUCCCCAUCGCGGAUGACGUUUGGAAGUUUUGCCCCGGAGGAACGUGCUGCGCUGGGCAUCGUUGAUGGGCUGAUCAGAUUGUCGGUUGGAGUUGAGGAUAUUGACGAUCUGGUGGAAGACUUGGAGCAAGCUUUUGAGAAAGUUUAGAAAAUAUAAUUUAGAUGAAUCAUGA